AUGAACGUGACGUGGGCCGUGAAACGGUUUCUUCUCAUGUCGUUUUCCGUCUCCCAGCUGCUGAUCUUGAAGGGAGCUUACAGCCAGCUUUCAGAGGCAGAGGGGAGAUUGCAGAGGAGGGCUAAUGCACUUCGGAGGAAACGGGAUCUCCUUGGGGAGGAGACGUACAGGACACUCCUGUCAGAGGCCGCUCUCCCCAGCCGCGUCCUGCACAACUACACAGCCAGAGACGCCUCUUCAGAAUAUUGCGGUUGUCUCAAUGGCGGUUGGUGUCAAGAGGGAGGUGCGUGUGACUGCGCUCAAUUCCAGGCGCUGGGAGACCGCUGCCAGAUCAUUCCUAAUCAGGGCCAGGACAGGGACGGGAUCUGUCGGUCCUGGGGUCAGCACCACUACGAAACAUUUGAUGGGAUCUACUUCUACUUCCCUGGAACUUGCUCCUACAUUCUGGCCCAAGACUGCCACUCAGCCAUGCCACAGUACACAGUCUGGGUGCACAACAGCAGAGUAUGUGAGGGGAGUGUGUAUUCGUGUCCACGCGCUCUCAGCCUCUUCUUCCCUAGUGAGGAGGAGAUCCACAUCUCGGGGUAUCAGGUCCACCAAGGAGGUCGCAGGUUAAGCUUGCCUCAGACUGUCGGCAGUGUGUUUAUCGAGAGACUGGCUGACUACCUGCUGGUUAAGAGUGUGUUUGGCUUUUCCCUGGCCUGGGACGGAGGCUCGGGCGUCUACCUGAAGAUGAGCGAGGAGCACCAGGGCACCUCCUGUGGCUUGUGUGGGAACUUCAACCACCUGGCUAGCGAUGACCUCACCACUGCCCGUGGCAUUCGUACGGAGGAGCCUGCAGUGUUUGGUAACAGCUGGGCCGUGGACCUGCCUCACGAGCGAGCCUGUCCCUCGGUAGACACAGACUUCAACGGGCCCUGCCAGUCUGAGUCGGACAUGGAUGACGCCAUAGAGAAGUGCAGCGCGCUCCUCUUCUUCCCUUUCCUGUCCUGUCAUGAAAACAUCGACCCAAACCCCUUUGUGGCCAGCUGCGUCUCUGACCUGUGUGUAUCUGAUGAUGAGGAAACAUUUUGUCGGGCCUUGGUUGAGUACACACGGGCCUGCUCUCAUGUGGGAUACCCAGUGAGGGAGUGGAGGGACAGCUUCCUCUCCUGUAAUGACGGCUGUGAGGAGAGCUUUGUCCACAGGGACUGUAUCAGUUGCUGUCCUCCUACCUGCACAUUCGAGAAGGAGUGUCUCGGAACCAACUUGCAUUGUCUGGACGGCUGCUAUUGUCCAGAUGGCCUGAUCCUUCAGAAUGGAACGUGUAUCGCCGUUUCUCAAUGUCCGUGUGUGUACCACGGGACGUCAUACACACAGGGACACGUGCUGGAGCAGGGCUGCAGCGUUUGCGUGUGCAUGGGAGGAGUGUGGAACUGCACCGAGAACAACUGCACGGCGGAGUGCUCAGUGGUAGGGGACGUGUUCGUGACGACCUUUGAUGGCAGGAUGUUCCUCCAGCCAGGAGCGUGUCAGUACGUCCUGGCAAAAAGCCGCAGCAGCAGCAGGUUCACCGUCACACUGCAGUACACGACAUGCGCCGAGCAGCAGGUGUGCAUCCAGUCAGUGACGGUGGUUUUGGACGAGGAUGUGAGUCGUCAGGUGACUUUGACCAGAGAGGGGGAGGUGCUCAUCGGCGUCAACCCGGCCCCAGUCCUGCCCUACUCUGAUGAUGCUGUGGAGGUGCGGAGACUGACCUCUGUGUUCACGCAGCUGAAGGCGCGAAUAGGCCUGCGGCUGCACUAUGACGGCCGUGGGGGGCGGAUUUACCUGCAACUCCACAAUCAAUGGCAUGGUUCCACCCUCGGCCUCUGCGGAACCUUCAACGGAAAUCUACGAGAUGACUUCCUCUCUCCAGCAGGUAUGAUAGAGGGAACUCCUCAGCUACACGCUAAUGCCUGGAAGGUGUCAUCUGCUUGCUCAGCUCCAGUCAACCUACCCAUCAUAGACCCAUGUGAGAUGAACCAGCACAAUCUCUUCUACGCGUCUCUGUGCGAGGUGCUUUUGGGCAGUGUGUUUGUUCCAUGCCACGGCUACGUCAGUCCCACCAUCUACCAGCAGCAGUGUCGCUACCAGGCCUGUCGCUGUGGGAACAGCUGCUUGUGCACGGCUCUGGCUCACUACUCGUACCUCUGCGCCAAACACGGGGUGGACAUCAACUUUAGAUCACACGUCUCCGAGUGUGGUGUGGUGUGUCUCGGAAGCAUGCUGUACCACUCCUGUGUGUCGUCCUGUGGUCGGUCCUGCCGUGCUCUAUCCAGCACGGAAACCUGCAGUCAUGAUGACUGUGCGGAGGGGUGUGGCUGCUCAGAGGGCAGUUACUACGACGAUGUGCGGCAGCGUUGUGUGCAGCUGUCUCAGUGUCACUGUUACGCCAUGGGUGGCGUGUUUCAGCCGGAGGAAGUGACCUUCAGUGCCUCCGGUCCAUGCUUGUGCAGAAAUGGGAAAUUGGAGUGUGUGCCAGAGGAAAGAGAGCCAGAGAGUGCAGAACUGGGGGAGUGUCCUGAGGGGAAGGUGUACCACAGCUGCACCGAGCAGAGAGGAGGCGUGGCCUGUGAGCCAACCUGUCGUAAUCUGAUGCUGAACCUCACCUGUCCUCUCAAUACCCCCUGCAUCCCAGGCUGUGUCUGCCCAGCAGGGUUGGUGCUGCACCGUGGGGAGUGUUACUAUCCAGAGAACUGCCCGUGUGCCUGGCUCGGGCUCGAGUAUCUACCCGGAGAAACUGUGGCUACUCCAUGUUCCAAAUGUGUCUGUCACCGUGGCUACUUUAACUGCAGCUACUCACCGUGUCCAGCUGUGUGUACUGUCUACAGUGAUAGACACUACCACACCUUUGACGGCUUAGAGUACGACUACCACUCUGACUGCCAAGUAUACCUGCUCAAAAGUGCGGGAGAGACUGAGGUGUCCAUUGUUGCCCAAAACAAAGACUGCUAUGAGAGCGGCAUUGUCUGCAUGAAAAUACUGGUCAUUCACGUGGGACUUACCAAGAUCUACUUCACAGACAACUCUGGCAACCCUAGUCCGUCCACUGUCGUGGGUCGAGGGUCAGAGUUUGAGCUGUGGAAAGCAGGGUACUACACUGCGGUCCACUUCUCCAACCAGGACCUGACAAUCCUCUGGGACCGCAAGACCACUGUACACAUCAGAGCUGGACCUCAGUGGAAGGGUCUACUCAGCGGGCUGUGUGGAAACUUUGACAGUGUGACGGUAAAUGAUAUGACCACCUCCAGUCACAUGGAAGUCAACAACGCACAAAGCUUUGGCAAUAGCUGGGCCCUGGGACAGUGUGAGAGUGACUAUGUUGUUAAGCGACCGUGUGAAGGGGAUUUAGGGAGACAGCCGUAUGCCAAGAGGGAGUGUGCUCUCCUCUACAGUGAUAUCUUUGCUCCUUGUCACAAUGUGGUGGAUGUGGCCUGGUUCUAUAGGAACUGCCUAACAGACACCUGUAACUGUAACCGUGGAGGUGACUGCGAAUGCCUCUGUACCUCCAUCGCUGCCUAUGCACACAAAUGCUGCCAACAGGGGGUCACAAUACACUGGAGAUCCCCCUCCGUCUGCCCCUAUGACUGUGAAUACUACAACCAAGAGCUUGGAGAUGGUCCGUUCUCCCUGGUCAGCGCUGUCUACAAUGACACCAUCUUUGGGGUGAACCGCACCAGCAGCUCUGUGUUCCCCCUGCUGAGAGAGAGGUCGGGGCGACUGCUCCCGUCAGGCCUGCUCUUCAACUUCAUGAUCACCGCAGGACUGCAGAAGGACCGCACAUCACGGGUUCCUGUGGUUUCGCUGGAGUCUGCAGAAAGACCAAACUAUUUCCUGGCUGUGUCGGGGCGCAGUCGACUUCAGUUGGAGCUCUGGAAGCGAGGGGGGGAGUUUAGUCGGAGGGCAACUUUUAUCCAGCACCAGGGCCUGUUUGUGCCGGGCCACUCCUCAUUUGAACUUGUUAGCCAGCCAGGAGUCUUCCUGACGCUGACGCGCACAGCAGCGCGAGCCCAGAGAUACGACAACACGGAGGGCUUCAAAUCCAGUAGUAGCUUCACACUGGAGGAGAGCAGUUUUUUCAUCCCGUACCGUAUGAUGUGCGAGUGGCGCUACCAGGCCUGUGCAAGCCCUUGUGUUCAAACCUGCAGUGACCCCGACGCCACACGCUGUCACUUCCUGCCCCCUGUGGAGGGUUGCUUUCCACGUUGUCCCAAGAACAUGGUCCUGGAUGAAGUCACCAGUAGAUGUGUCUACAUAGAGGACUGUGUGUCCCUUCCUCCAACCCCAACCCCUUUUGCAUUUGUGACUCGGUCCAACAGAACCACCACAGCACCACCAACAACAACCAUGACUCCAGUCCCGACAACUACCACCACCACAAGGCAUACGACAACUAUAACCACUACUACUACCACCACGAGAGUGACCACCACUACGAGGCCUACCACAACAACAAUCUCUACCAGUGCUCCCACCACUCCCAGUACAAUUCCUCCCUCAGAGAGGAUCACCUAUUCUACCAUUCCCUCGACGUCCACAUCUUCUCCUCCCUCCUCUCCUUCCACCCCGUCUGUAUCCACCCCACUUGCUUUCACCACCACCCCAGAGACAACCACCCUCAGCACACCUGAAAUGACUCCCACCCAAACCACAAAAAUAACCACAGUGGUUACUAGUGCGGUAACCACGGCAACCUCCUCCACCACGACAGAGGCAGCUACUGUCCCCUCCUCAACCCCUCCUCUGUCCUCUCCCAGUCCCACCACAACAUCUACACCCACUAUGCCCACCUCCACCACCGAUACCACACCUGCAUCGACAGCCACCCCGACCCCAGCGCCCACAUCCCCCACAACCUCCACCCUACCAUCCCAGACCGUCCCCACCACACAGCCAGCUGCCACCACAACGGUUACCACCACACCCACUCACACUCCUGCCGCUGCCAUCACGACCGCUCCUCAGCCAGAGCCGACUGACAUGACUGUUACCACGGCGACCACCCCGACGGACACUUCAACGACUAUGGUGUCGGCUACAGCACCACCUCCUGAGACUACCACUGAGCUUGUGACCACAGAGGGAGCCACAAGCCCCGAGACCUCUCCUACCACAGAAGAAGUAUCAACUACACCUCCUCUCCUUUUCCCCACAACCCCCUGUACACCCCCGUACUCUUACCGUGUAGACGAAUGUGCGGAACUGAUCUGUUUCAACGGAGAGCUGCUGCUCCACAACGCCUCCCUGCACUGUCGCUACAACACAACCAAGCCUCAGUGUAGCCUGCUGGGCCUGCCCAUCCUGACCAACACGGACCCCUGCUGCCCACAGUGGCAGUGCCCCUGUCGCUGCUCUGUGAUGUCGGACCUGCGCGUGAUCACGUUUGAUGGUAACAACGUGGCUCUGUAUGACAACGGCUCCUACAUUUUAGUCCACCUGCCCAGAGAAAAAAUUAUCGGUACAGUGGAGAAAUGUCCCACCAGCCAGAGCGUAAACUCGAUCAGACGGCCUAGUCCUACGGGUGGUACCUCUGGACUGUGUUUUAAGAAACUGAACAUUACAACCUCCUCCUAUAGAAUCAUCAUCAACCGUCUGGACCGCAAGGUGUCAGUGAACUACAGAGAUGCCAGGCUCCCGUUCUCCCGUCAGUCUUUAUAUGUGGAUGACACAGGCAGCAUGUACUUGAUCCAUACACCUGGAGGGGUCAGUAUUCAGUGGUACCAUAGCACUGGCAUCAUGGUGCUCCUGUACACCAGUCCCAGUAACAUAUCUACACGAGGCCUGUGUGGCUGUUGUGAUGGGAACCCGGCUGAUGACUUGAAGCUGCCCAACGGCACAGUGGUCAGGGAGGUGGGGGACAUGGUGCUUUUCCUGCAAGCCUGGAGGGUUCACACGUCUGACGAGGCCGAGCACAUGCGCAGGGUCGGAGACAACUGCACCACCGGAGACUGCUCCACCUGCCUCUCCAUGCUGCAUCAGAGAGCAUUCACCCCCUGCCACAGCAAGGUAUCGCCAGAGCAAUUCUGUGACAUCAUGUGGGCGGGGGACCUCCAUUACAAGGACCACCAGUGUGAUUUCCUGGCGGCGUACGUGGCGGUCUGCUACACACACCAAGUCUGCAUCAGCUGGAGGCGACACAACUUCUGCCCGCUGCGUUGUCCCCCCGGCAAGGAGUACCAGCCGUGUGUGAGCACCUGCACCAGCCGCACCUGCCAGAACAGAGAGUACUACGAGGAGACCACCUGCUCCUACAUCCGGGAGGAGUGUGUGUGCCGCAGCGGAACCAUCCUGCACCGCGCCGACUCGCCCUACUGUGUGACCGAGGAUCGCUGCGUGUGCACAGAUAAUGAGGGUAACCCCCGGGCCCCUGGCGAGGUGUGGAAUGGCUCCACUCGUAGCUGCUGCCUGUACAAGUGCAUGGAGAAUGGCUCGGUAGUGGCUGUGGAACCAGACUGCAGCUCCAGCCCUGUCCCGCUGUGUGAGAGGGAGGGAGAGUACGUCCUGGAUGUUUUGGAAGAAGGAGCUUGCUGCCCUAAGAAGAUCUGUGAGUGCAACAUGACCAUCUGUGACAGUGAGGCUCCACCGUGUGAUAACGGUAACCGGCUGGUGGUUGGGUACAGUGCUCUGUCCUGCUGCCCCGAGUACAGAUGUGAGUGCGACCCCAUGGCGUGUCCCCCUGUAUCUGUCCCAGACUGCAGAGAAGAUCAGUUCCUAGUAGAGGUCAGGGAGGAUAAAUCCUGCUGCUACUCCUACCUGUGUGUGUGCGAGUCCUGUAUUGAGCCUGUCCCAACCUGCUCACGUGGAGAAAUCCUGGCUGUGGACAUAAACACCACCAACAGCUGCUGUCCACAGUACCAUUGUGUGUGCGAUGUCAGCCUUUGUCCUGAUUCGUCCAUGAGCUGUGCACCUGGUCUCUCGCUGGUUCAGGCCACUGUUCCUGGACAUUGCUGCCCACAGCACCGUUGUGAAUGCCAGUGUGAGGGCAGCACUCUGCCUGUCUGUCACGUGGGGGAGGCGCUAGUGGAUGUCCCAGACAGCAGCACCAGUUGUGGUUGCCCUCGGCAUACCUGCCAGAAGACAGAGGUGUGUGUCUUCCAAGGGGUCACAGUGCUGAGCCCAGGCCAGUCCCUAGUUCAGUACUUGGAGGGUGAGCUGUGUUACAAUGUCCACUGCCUGCAGCACAGAGACCCUCUCACCGGUUUCUAUGCCAUGGACAUCUCUGCCAUCAACUGCUCCCAGAAGUGCGGGCCGCACCAGAUGUAUGUGGCGUCCUCUGACCCUCAGGUGUGCUGUGGUUCCUGCAAAAACGUCUCCUGUACUUUCACCAGUGACAACGGGACCACAGAGCUCUUCACCGCGGGGAGUUCCUGGGUGGAUAACUGUACACGUUAUGACUGUGUGGAGACCGCUGUGGGAGCAGUGGUCUUGGCCUCUGGCGUGAUCUGUCCACCAUUCAAUGACACAGAAUGUAUUCAGAACGGAGGCGUGGUUCAGAGCUACGUGGACGGCUGCUGCAGGACAUGUUCUGGAGUGGGUGUUUUACCGUUUACCAUAAAUCCCGUAACCCCCACUGGUAGUACUAACUGUGACACAGGCAAAGAGGACGGUAAGACGUGCAAGCGCGUGGCCAUUCGCACCACCAUUCGGAAAGACGACUGCAGGAGCAAUGCACCGGUAACGGUGUACUCCUGUGAUGGCAAAUGCCCGUCUGCCACAAUAUUCAACUUCAACAUCAACAGCCACGCCAGGUUCUGUAAGUGCUGCCGGGAGCGCGGACUACAGACUCGCUCAGUCACACUGUACUGCUCGCGCAACGCCACGCUGGUGGACUACAACUUCCAAGAGCCGCUGGACUGCUCGUGCCAGUGGAACUGA